ACAAAACUCUCCAAUUCACUCGACUCUGCAAUUCAACCGCAGACCGCAGGAGGUUGGACUCCAUGGCAGCCGUCGCCUUGUCUCCGCCGAUUGCCAUCACGUCGGUCUCAGGAGUCUUGAGCCUGCUGGAAGAGCAAGAAAACCAGCUGCAAUGUGCUGCACUACAGCGAUUGAAUGAGGUGGUAGACCAGUUCUGGCACGAAAUUGCAGACUACCUCAAUGAAAUAGAGACUUUGUACGAGGAUCCGGCCUUCUCUGGUCGUGAAAUGGCUGCCCUGGUGGCUUCCAAGGUCUUCUACCACUUAGAAGAGUACGACGAUGCCUUAAGAUUGGCCUUGGGUGCAGGACAACUCUUCGAUCUCUCACAGCGGACUGAAUACGUGGAGAAGAUUGUGGCCGUGGCCAUUGAUGAAUAUGUGAAGCUCCGAGCAGAGAAUUUUGAGCUGGAGAUGAAGAAGAAGGAUCCCGUGCCGAUUGACUCCAGACUGGAGGAUGUCGUGAACCGCAUGUUCUUGCGCUGCCUGGAGGACAAGGCCUUCAAGCAGGGUCUAGGGAUGGCGCUGGAGACUCGCCGGAUCGACAAGGUGACCGAGUUCGUGAUGAAAAGCGAGAACCUCUCUGAGAUGCUCGAGUAUGCGCAGCUUAGUGCCAUGACACUCCUGACUUCAAAAGCCUUUAGAGAGCGUGUUCUGCAGGCCCUCGUAGAGAUCCACACCUCUGUGAAGGAUGUAAAUCUCAGUGCACUGGCACAGUGCUACUUCAUCUUAGGAGAGCCAGAAGAGGUGGCAAAGAUUCUGAAGGAGCUUCUUGCGAAGCCAGACAAGGACGGGCGCUUGCUGGCAUGUCAGAUUGGCUUUGAUAUUGUGGACAAUGAGAGCCAGCACUUCUGCAAUGCCUUAUUGUCCUCCCCGCUCCUGAAAAUCAAGGAACCUCCUCCACCCCCUCCAGCACCUGUUGAAGCUGCAGAAGCUGCUGCAGCACCUGCAGAAGGUGCGCCCGCUGCCGACGCAUCUGCUGAGCCUGCGCCAGCUGCACCAGCUGCACCAGCUGCAGAAGCACCUGCAGAGCCCGUGCCAGAAGAGGGCCCGGAGAUGACAGAUCAGGAAAAGGAGGACCUGACUCUGAUUCGGAAGAUCCUCUCCGGCCGAUCCUCGAUUGACUUGCAGAUGGAAUUCCUGUACCGGAACAACCGGUCCGAUCUCCUCCUUUUAGACACCAUCAAGAAUUCGAUUGAUACCAAGAACUCCAUCACUCACAGUGGCACUGUCAUGGCACAUGGCCUGAUGCAAUGUGGAACCACGAGUGACGUGUUUCUUCGCAAAAACCUGGAAUGGCUGGCCAAGGCUUCCAACUGGGCCAAAUUCAGCGCGACGGCCUCCUUAGGUGUCAUUCACAAGGGACACAUCAAGGAAUCAAGGUCAAUCCUGAGCACAUACCUGCCGCAACAAGGAGGCACCCGAAGCAGCCCAUAUUCUGAAGGUGGUGCACUCUAUGGAAUGGGCCUGAUUCAUGCGAACCACUAUGAUCAAGAAACGAAGGCCUAUUUGUUGGAACAGUUGCACAACGCCCAGGCGACAGAGGUCUUGCAACAUGGUGCUUGUUUGGGCCUUGGCCUUCUUUGCAUGGCAACAGCCGAUGAGCGAAUCUAUGAUGAGCUCACACAGACUUUGUACACAGACACAGCUGUCGCUGGCGAAGCUGCAGCAUAUGCCAUUGGUCUGGUCAUGGUUGGAUCUGCAUCGCAGAAGGCCAUUGACGAGCUUCGGGCAUAUGCCCACGACACGCAGCACGAGAAGAUCAUCCGCGCUUGUGCCCUUGCAUUGGCGAUGAUGAUGUUCCGAAAGGAGGAAGAGGCGGAGCCCUUGAUCCAGGAGAUGCUCUUGGACAAGGACGCGAUUCUUCGCUAUGGUGGGUGCUUCGCUAUUGCUCUUGCCUACGUGGGCACCUCGCAGAACGCAGCCAUCCGAAAGCUUUUGCACAUUUCCGUGUCAGAUGUCUCAGACGAUGUGCGCCGAGCUGCAGUCAUGGCGUUAGGUUUUGUGAUGUGCAACGUGCCAGAGCAACUUCCUGGUGUAGUGAAGUUACUAGCAGAGAGCUACAAUCCACACGUACGCUAUGCCGCAGCUAUGGCACUUGGAAUUGCUUGUGCUGGCACAGCACUGCUUGAGGCGCACAAUCUUCUGCAGCCACUCAUGUCUGAUCCUUCGGACUUUGUCAGGCAAGGAGCUAUCAUUGCCAUGGGCUUGCUCUACAUGCAGACUUCUCCGGGAAAGACGGAGCGUGUGAAGGAAUUCAGGGACAAGCUGCAGAAAGUCAUUGGAGACAAGCACGAGGAUGUCAUGACUCGCUUUGGAGCGAUUCUGGCCCAUGGAAUCAUGGAUGCUGGUGGGCGAAAUUCCUGCGCAUCACUCUUCUCCAAGUCCGGGGUGCUGCGCCGUGGUGCGGCCAUCGGAUUCUGUUUGUUCACGCAGAUGUGGUACUGGUUCCCUCUGAUCCACAUGUUCUCGCUCACCUUGACACCAACAGCAUUGAUUGGCAUCACGGAUAAGCUGAAGAUUCCCAAGAACUUUUCAGUCAAAAGCGGGGCACGGCCUUCAAUUUUUGCGUAUCCUGAGCCCUUGCAGCCUCCAAAGAAGGAGGAGACCGCCAAAGCGGCCACUGCGGUGCUCUCGACCGCUGCCAAAGCAAAGCAGUUGAAGGAAAAGAAGGAGAAGGAGGCCAAUGAGCUCAAGAAGGCCUCUUCCAGUGCUGACGUGGACAUGGAUGACAAGGCCUCGAUUGGUGGCUCGGUCGCUGAAGGCGCAGCCAGUUCAGUGCGAGGAGCCGACAUCGUCUCGGUGGCAGCUGCACCUGGCACCACAGUGGUGGGCUCUGCGGCCACCGAGUCGGUGGCGGCCAGCGACCUGGGGAGCGAGAUGAUGGAGGCUCCAGAGCGGGAUCCGGAGCAGGUUGAUGAGCAGGCCGUGGCAACAGAGAAGGUGAAGGAACCCAAGAUUGAAGAGAAUAAGGCUGAGGCCGCUCCAGAGCAGAAGGAGGAGAAGAAGGAAGAGAAGAAAGAAGAACCUGAGCCCACUGAAGAAAUCCUCAGCAAUCCGUGCCGAGUACUAAAAGGGCAGGUGCAGUACAUCUCUUUUCCCAAGGAGAUUGACGGCCAGCCAGUGCGGUAUACGCCUCUCCUGGAAAGCAGGAAGCAAGGCUUCCUUUUGCUUCGAGACCUUCGGCCAGAGGAGCCAGAGGACCUGGUUUUGGAGAAUGAGAAGAAGGAAGAAACCGAGGAGAAAAAGGAAGAGGGCGAGAAGGCGCCCGAUCCUCCAGCCACAACUGCAGACGAAUGAGCAGCGCUGCAGCACCAAAUUCUUUGGUCACCUCAUUCUCUCCUCAAGGCAUUUUGCCGUGUAGCAUUGGUUUUGGAACGUGAG